GAAAACACGUCAUGACUAUGUACAUAUUCAAUGUAACUCAACACAUACAUACAUUAGUUAGUAAUAUACAAUACAAUCAAUAAAAAUUUUUAUAAUAUUACAAAUGGAUUAAACAAUAAAACUAUAGUGAAAUUACUUUUUAUGUUAUUAUUAAUAAUAAUUUAAUUUCAUAAUGCUUAUAGUCCAUGUUGCAUUGCCUACAUUUAUUUGUGUAGAACAAUUUAUUAUAACUAAAUUAUAUUUUAAAAGAUCAGUUAAAAGUGUUACAUAUGAUAAUCUUAUUUCAAAAUUAUGUGAAUAUACUAAAACAAAAAAGGGGAAAUUUUAUGUUUCAUGGCAUGAUGGAACUGAAUAUUGUACAGUGUCUAAUUCAUCUAAUCUGAGAGAAGCAAUUGUACGAAUGAUAUAUGAUCGUGAAGAUAAUACACCUUUAUUAUUUGCUGCCCCAGUACUUCAUUUAAAUGAAACAAAAUUACCUUCAUUUUAUGGUGGAUGUAGACCAGAGCAUUUACCAAGUGAUUUUCGUGAACGUGCAUCAAGAGCUGUAUUUAAUAAAGAGAUUGAUUACACAGAACCUGAAUUACCUGUUAUCAUUGAAUUAAUAUGUAACAUAUGUAAUAAAAAUAAUUGGUGUGGUGAUAGAUUCACAUGCGUUAUAUGUCCUAGAGUUGUAUUAUGCCCUGAUUGUUUUAAAAAUAACAAUCACUCAGAACAUCCAAUGUUGAUUACUAGAGAUAAUGCAGAAUUUCCAUGUCCAGUAUUACAAGCAGUUAAAAUUGUCGCUUCAGAUGUUACUGCAGAAGAUUCUACUGGUGAAGAUGAUGAACAAUCAGACUUAUCUGAUCCUAGAACAUCAUCAUCUACUGCUACAAAUGAUUCUGAUGAUAUUCAUAAAACAAUUGAUGCACUUCGUGAAAUGGGUUUUAAACAGAAAACUAGUGAAUUAGUUGAAUUAGUCAUAAAAGAACAUGGUAAUUUACAGACAAUUGUUGAAAAGUUAGCUAAUUAAAAAUGUAUGAUUUCAAUGUUUUCCCGAAUCAUCAAUCAUCGAAUUCCAUUUCGGUAGAUAUCAUGGUUCUACCAAAAUUAGUCUAUAUAAUAACAAAUUAAAUAAUGUCUUUGUUAUCAUUCUUUUUACAUACAUUCAUUUGAAAAGUACCCUAUUUUGGAGC